AAACCAGAAAGAAGAAAAGGCAUAAAAAUCAACGAUUGCCGCUGUUUGUUCAUUAUUUCUCGUUUUUCCCUGCAAGCCACCGAGCAAACAACAACAACAACAUGUCGCUGCAAUCGGACGCCGUUUUCCAGAAAAUCAUCGAUGGUCUGAAGGACAACCAGGCUAAGGCCAAGGCCGUGAACGGUGUGUUCCUCUACAAGAUCACCAAGGACGGCAAGGUGGCCAAGGAAUGGACUCUGGACUGCAAGAGUGCCAAGGCCUACGAGGGACCCGCUCAGGGUGUUAAGGUGGACACCACUCUGACGGUGGCCGAUGAGGAUAUGGUUGACAUUGCGCUGGGCAAACUCAACCCACAGGCUGCAUUCAUGAAGGGCAAGUUGAAGAUUGCCGGCAACAUUAUGCUCACCCAGAAGCUGGCGCCGCUGCUCAAGACCGACGCCAAGUUGUAAGCCGGGUAAAAAGCGAAGAGAAGAGCAGAGAAGAGAGAAACACAUUCCACCCACAUUUCUUCUUCGAGAUCAGCGUUCAACAAAACUUAAUACAAAAUCGAUGUAUCACUUUGUUGCAAAACUUUACAAAUUACGCACAAACACAAUUCGUUCGUAAUUUAUAUACUUUUUUUUGUUUGUUUAUUUUUUUUUGUAUGUUUAUACCUACGUGUAAUUAGAGAAUAAUACAUAAGCGACCAAAACGGAAAUUAUUGC